UACAGGAUGGCCAGCGCCUUCCCCAUUUGCCGCUGGAAGUCACGCCAGCACUUGAACUAAUCUUUGUUUAGAAAUUAGAAAGCCCCUGAUGAGAACGACCAGUCGCCACGAAAAAGUGCCGGCAAGUAGAUAUAAUGUAGGAUCUGGCAGCGGUGUUACCAAGAAAGCUGCAGCAUGCAGCGACAAGGCAGCUACCAGGUGGCCACAGCGUAGAACCACCGAAGCAAACAGUUUAAAGCUAAUUUAGAAAAGCAAGAGAACUCCUCACCCUAACUAGACGGGAACUUUUCGCGA